UGAUCAGAAGCCCGACUAAAAAAAAGUGGGCCCGAGUGUACCAAAAAUACAAAUGGAUGAUGAUAUUAUUAUUAUCAUCGAAGAAAAAGAAGGUGAAAAAAAGAGUGAGAAAAAUGGAGUUAAGGGAACUUGGAAGAACCGGACUGAAACUAAGCUGCGUCGGGUUCGGAGCUUCACCUCUCGGCAAUGUCUUCGGUUCUGUUUCCGAAGAACAAGCCAAUGCCUCUGUUCGCCUCGCGUUUCAAUCCGGCAUCAACUUCUUCGACACUUCUCCGUACUAUGGAGGAACACUGUCGGAAAAAGUUCUCGGUAAGGCAUUAAAAGCUUUGAAUGUUCCGAGAAGUGAAUAUAUUGUAGCAACUAAGUGUGGACGGUACGGAGAUGGCUUUGAUUUUAGUGCAGAGAGAGUGACGCGAAGUAUUGAAGAGAGUUUGGAAAGGUUGCAGUUGGAUUAUGUUGAUAUUCUUCAAUGUCAUGACAUUGAAUUUGGCUCUUUAGAUCAGAUUGUUAAUGAGACAAUUCCCGCACUCCAGAAACUGAAGGAAGCAGGGAAGACUCGUUUCAUUGGGAUUACGGGACUUCCUUUGGGGAUAUUUACUUAUGUUCUUGAUAGGGUUCCGCCUGGAACAUUGGAUGUGAUACUUUCCUACUGCCAUCACUCUAUCAAUGACUCAACCUUGGAGGAUAUAGUGCCCUAUCUUAAGUCCAAAGGUGUCGGUAUUAUCAGUGCUUCUCCGUUAGCGAUGGGUCUUCUCACUGAAGCUGGCCCUCCUGAAUGGCAUCCUGCUUCAUCAGACCUUAAGGCUGCUUGUAGAGCUUCUGCUACCUAUUGCCAAGAAAAUGGAAAAAACAUUUCAAAGUUAGCAUUGCAGUACAGCUUGUUAAAUAAGGAAAUCACAUCGGUGCUUGUUGGCAUGAAAUCUGUCGAACAGGUGGAGGAAAAUGUUGCUGCCACAAGAGAACUUGCAGCUUCUGGAAUCGAUAAAGAGGCUCUGUCAGAAGUUGGAGCCAUUCUAAAGCCUGUUAAAAACCAGUCAUGGCCUAGUGGAAUCCAGCAGAGUUGAUCCCCCCUACUGCUUGACAUGGCCUAUCAAGACAUCCACAAUUGUUUCAUUCAAGUUAAGAAUGUUCUUUAUUCCUAUUCAAUAUGAGAAGAUAUUGAACUCGUACAAAUACUAAGAUCCACUAUCCAAAUUAUUUUUGGCUUGUCAUUUAGGGUGUCCGUUAUGUUUCACUGUUAUCUCCUCCAGCUACUUGGGAGUCAGGUCAACCAGUAUAUGUAGUAUUAUACAACACUGAUAAUAAGACUAGUCAUUGGUUGUUUCCAUCUGUUUAUGUGUAAGUUAGAAGUUCUUCUACAACUAUUGUAACUUGGCAAUUUUAAAAAAUUUCUAGUUUCCCCGUUCAUACA